UACACUUUGAGCCAAAGCCGUUCAGCAGAUGAGGGGGCUGACCAAUCGGCUGCUGAAUGCGCAGAUAUCAAUGACGUAAUGACGCUAGCGUGCCUCAAAAUCACGUGACAGGAGAAUUUCAAACAAGCAUCUUAGCGGCGCUUCGAAAGCUCAUCACGUCAGUAUCCAGCAGCACAUCACUAGUUUGCUCUUAUGAGACCCUCGCGCUCCGACUUCUUCACGGCCAUAAGAUCAAGCAAAGGUGAGGAAGGGCUUUCCCAUUUCACAUGGCCAUACACUUAGGUGUCUAAUGGCCUCCAGCUCAGGGCUGUCCAUGUGAGAAGUGAAUCAGAGAAGAAUUUCCCACAGAGCAUGGCCUCUGCCAAAGAAGAUGGCGUGGAUAAAAGAACGGUGGACAUUAAAGAAGAGGAGUGUGAGCGGCUCACACCAGAGGUUGUGUGUGUGAAGCUGGAGGAUCACGAAGAAAGAAUUUCAGUUUUUAAAGAGGAGGAGUGCAAGGGGGUGACUGCUGCCAUUAAAGCUGAGGAUUUGAAUGAUUUUUCCAUUGGUCUUGAACUUCAAAAGCAUGAAACUGAGGAUAUUUUCAAGCAAGAGGCCUGUGAAGAAUCUCCAUCCAGUUUACAACCCUGGCCCACUAAUACGGGACGACUGGCUACACAGGAGAAUUCUGCAGAGCUGAAAUCAGAGUUACUGGAGUCUGAAGAGAAAAUCACUGAGAGAAAUGAGAGAGAAGGUGAAGAGUCACCUGGGAGAGUUGGAAUAAAUUUACAGAAGAAUGACAGCUUCUCUCCACCUUCAUUUGGUCAGCACUCUCCUCAAUACAAAGAGAAAGGUAUGAAGAAAUCAGCAAGAGGAUCAGAGAACCUGACAGCAGCCUUUUUGCAGUGCAGUUCUCUUUCUGCUGCUGGAGUAACACAGACAGAAGCCAUCAAAACUGAUCAACAGCAAGUGGAGAAAGAAAUCCAAAUUCAUAAUGGAAAAAAAUGUUGUGCUUUUGCAUUAAAUUUGCAAUUAACAAUGGCCUCUAAGCAAGUGAAGAGUGGUAGUGUUGGUGAGAAGAAAGGUUUGAAGAAAAUUGAAAUUGAAUUAAAGAAAGAAAUUAUUGAAAAGUAUGAGCGUGGCGUUCGUGUUACUGAUCUUGCCGCCGAGUACAAGAAGUCAAAAUCUACGAUUUCGACUAUUCUAAAGCAGAAAGAGGCCAUUAAAGCAGCUGAUGUUGCAAAAGGAGUUACAAUGUUAACCAAGCAGAGGCCUCAAGUGCUGGAAGAUGUGGAAAAACUGUUGCUAGUGUGGUUGAACGAGAAGCAACUUGCAGGGGAUAGCGUAAGCGAGGCGAUGUUAUGCGAGAAAGCCAGGAGGAUUCAUUGCGAUUUGCUGCAAAACUAUCCUUCUACGAGUGGCGAAGGUGAGGAAUUUAAAGCCAGUAGAGGAUGGUUUGAAAAUUUUCGCAAGAGAAGUGGCAUUCAUGGUGUGUUACAGCAUCGAGAGGCUGCUAGUUCCAACGCUGAAGCUGCAAAAAAUUUUGUUAAAAUGUUCACAAAAUUCGUGAAGGACCAAGGCUACAUCCCGCAACAAGUGUUCAACUGUGACGAGACUGGAUUGUUCUGGAAUAGGAUGCCGAAGAGGACCUACAUUACCCAGGAAGAGAAGGCUAUGCCCGGCCAUAAACCAAUGAAGGACAGGUUAACCGUUUUGCUGUGUGCUAACGCUAGUGGAGAUGUAAAAAUCAAGCCGCUAGUCGUUUACCAAUUUGAGAACCCUUGUGCUUUCAAGCAGCACAAUUUAAACAAAGCCACACUGCCCGUGAUGUGGAGGGCAAACACGAGGGGUUGGGUAACAAGGACCUUGUUUUUGGAAUGGCUGCACGAGGCUUUUGCUCCCGCUGUGAAGCGAUAUCUUAAAGUGAGUAAUCUGCCUGAAAAAUGCCUUCUUCUGAUGGACAAUGCACCGGCACAUCCUCCAAAUUUGGUUGACGAUAUGGUCGAGGAGUACAACUUUAUUAAGGUCAUGUUUCUCCCCUCCAACACGACACCUCUUCUGCAGCCCAUGGACCAGCAGGUUAUCUCAAAUUUUAAGAAGCUGUACACUAAAGGACUAUUCGCCAGGUGUUUCAAUGUGACCAAGGAGACGUCUUUGACCCUGAAAGAGUUCUGGAAGAACCAUUUUAAAAUCGUUCAUUGCAUCAACCUCAUCGAUAAAGCCUGGGAAGAUGUCACAUACCUGACCUUGAGCUCGGCCUGGAAGAAACUUUGGCCUGAAUGCGUUCCUGAACAGGAUUUAGAAAGAUUUGAUCUUCCUGUUGUGGAUGAGAUUGUGUCCAUGGGCAAGAGCAUGGGUCUUGAAGUGGACAAUGAGGACAUCGAGGAGCUGGUCCUGGAUCACAAGGAGGAGCUGACGACAGAGGAACUCACUGAACUCCAGCAGGAGCAGCAUAAGUUGCUCACCGAGGAUCAGUCCUCAGGGGAAGAAGAGGAAAGGGCGGUUCUAAAAAGUGAUGCAAUUAAAGCCGUCAUGGAAAAAUGGAACGAGUGCCAGGAUUUUUUCGAGAAGAACCACCCUGACAAAGCGGUUGCGAACAGAGUGAUAAACAUGAUGAACGACAAUGUUGUCUCGCAUUUCCGAAAAAUUUUAAUGCGUAGGAAAAGGCAAGUUACAUUAGAUAGCUAUUUCGCGAAGUCUGAUCCACCAGCUAAACAGCUAAAAACACCAGAAACCCGAGAAAACACCUGAAGGAGAACAUCUCUCCAUUGCACAGAGGCACUCUCCCUCAAAACUGUAACCUCCUCUCCACCCAGCUUCCUCCUCACUUCCUUCAUGCCAGAACUCAACUCAUGCAAGGGGAAGUCAUACUGGAGAGAAGACCUAUACUUGUACUGAAUGUCAAAUGUGAUUCUCAUAUAACAGUUCUCUUCACAAACAUAAAAUAAUUCAUUCUGGUAAGAAACAAAGGUGUUCUGAAUGUGGCAAGCUGUUCAUAGACAGCAUGAAUCUUAAAGAUCAUAUGAGAAUUCACUCUGGAGAGAAUCCUUAUUGCUGUCCAGAAUGUGGCAAACGAUUCUCACGUCAAACCACACUUUGGUGCCACAGAAUAAUCCACACUGGAGAGAAGCAGUACACCUGUUCUGAAUGUGAUAAAGGGUACUCUUCCAGAGAAAGUUUUCAGAGACACACGCAAAGUCAUAUUGGAGUAAAGCCUGUCCCAGGAAUGACAAAUGAUCUUUCUGUUCGCUCCUCAACCAAAAACGCUGAAGAUAAAUCUUCUGAAUGAGGUAAAGGACUCCCAUUUAAAGUAGUUAAUAAGUACAUAAGAAUAGUGGAGAAAACACUGAAAGUGGCAAACAGGUUGUAGAUGUAAGGUAACCUCAGUGCCACGUAUGAAUUCACACUGGAAGGAACACACUGGAAUACAACACAUAUUUCAAAAACAGCAAGAAGCUUCUUCAUCAACCUAUAGGUGCAAGAAAAAAACCUCAUUAGUUGUCCUAAAUGCAGUUAACGCUUUUCAGACAGCAGUGGCCUUCAUUGUCAUAAAUGACUGGCUUACUUGUGGUAAGCCUCUUAGCUGUUCUGAAUGUUGAAAGUGAUCAGCCAUCAUCAGCAACACAUAAGAUUUCAUGAAGGAUUCAAACUGUACUGCCAGGACGUCAGCCAUACAGGGACUGAUCAUCUCUGCACCAGUGCUGUGACAUAAGAUGGUGAACAAUACAAACACCAGAUAACAGAAUGAGGUAGCAACAGUACUGUGUGGUGAUAACAACUUCAACCACAGAACACAACUGAAAAAUUCAAUGUAAUAAUGAAAAAAUGGAGAAGUCAAAUCAAAUCCACAGUGCCGUGCCAACUACCAGGAGGUGCCACUGACAACAAGGGGAAUAUUUUUGUUUCAGAGCUUUGGAGAUGGGGCCUUAUCUGAGUAGCAAUGAACUUGUACCGUCUCUGGGAUGUCAUCUGAUGGCUGACGCCGGGGCUGAGUGCAGACAGCCGUUCUUAACCCUGAUAAUGAAGAAGUCAUUUAGUGACGUCAGCUGACAGCCAAUGCUGUCCAAUCAGAUACUGGGGAGGGACAGUCGAGGAGGACAGGAGACUAAAAAGAGAGCCGUCACAUGACAGACCAAUGUAGAGGGGCUUUAUAAGACUUUUACACUAAUUUAGGGUAUCAUUUAUAAAUGAUGAGUCUUUACAAACCAAACACAUUCAUCAGCUGUGUGUCAAGGGUGAGUCCAAAAGUGGGAAUUUAAGAAGAUCGAAAUACAAAUAAAAUGAAACAUUCAGGGUUCAAAGAGAAAUGUUUAAGACCUGAAGAGGGCGUCCGAAUGUUUUGAGAAAUGGGACACAAUAAUGAAUGCAGAACACAAUGAAAAUUAAAUGAACUGAUUUUAUUGUCUGACAUAUAAGAGAAAAGGGAAGACAAAGCAGAAACACACAGAGAUCUCUGCUGACCCAGCUGUUAAUUUAAUUAAUUAACCUAAAAAUAUAACAGAUGUUCCUUUGCUCCAUGUCAGUAUAUCCUGGGGUGGUGUGUGAAUGACGCUCUAUACUCCGAAUGUGUUGGUUCAGGUUUCAGUUCGAGUUCUGCACCUUCUUCAUAUCGAUACCCAAGACAAUAUUUCUUCACAUCGAGACUACAAGCUGGAGGCCACAGGAGCUCAAUAAACUCCAACAGCAGGAUGGACGAUUAGAAAGCUCUGCUCUGAGAGAGUGUCAGCUACACAAAGCUUCAGCUUCAUUUACUUCACAGAAAACUCCAAAAAGCAGAAGUGGCCCCUUCUGUACCCCCACCACUGAAGGUCACAUUUGACCCCCUCACUACUCGCCAUUGGUUCACUCUGCUUGGACUUUCUGUAUUUUGUAAGUUUAUGUUUCAUUUUUUGGCCACACUCUUUUUACAUUUCAUGUCAUUGAUGUUUUCAAAUGUGUGAGUAUAGCUUGACACUUACAAGGACUUACCUAAAAAGGUUACAUUGGACAUGAAAUGCAAGAAGGUAGAAAAAUAUAAAAAGUGGAAACUACAAAAUGAAGAGGUGACAUCGAUGAAAUACGCUCAGUGGCAGAGGUGACAAGGACAAAAUCAGAAAGGGCAGCACAGAAAAGGUAGGUACCAACUGAAACCAAAAGAAGAAAGCUGAUUGGUGGGAAGAACUGUCAGUCACUCCUGAGUGGACUGUUGAGGACAGCUGUGGCAUGCAGAGUUCAGA